AUGCGGAGAGAAACGCAACAGAUUCAAUUGCAAGAACUCGAAGCAAAACGAGAAAAGGAAAGCAAGCGACUCGAACAAAUCAAACAGGGACGACAAGUCAAGAGCAUUCGAAAUUCACUUUCGGUCUUUCAACAGACGAUUGAGAAAAACAAGGAAUUUGGAUUCGAGUCUUCGCCCGUUCCAGAGGCAUGGCAAGCCAAGCAUGCCAAGAAACAAGACGACGAGGAGGAGGAACCCAAGAGACGCAUCACCGAUACAGAUGCCGCCAAAGCUGCCGUCCAAGAGUUGAAUGCCAGCGUCAAGCAGUUGCAAUGGCAAGCCAUUCAAGCUUCUUUUGAAGAAGAAGAGUCCGUGGAAGAAGAUGCCGCCUUGGAAUCGGCUUCGUCGUCGUCGUCGGUGGGUCGUCGGGAAUCUCUUCUCUUUUUC